AUGACUCUGAUCCUUCAUCCCGACGAUAUCGUGGCGAGUAAAGCCGAUGAAAAGUCCCUGGCCGUUGUAGAGCGGACGCACAGUGAUAUCGACACGCACACCCCUUUUCCAGGCAAGGACGAGGACGAGCCCAUCGAUCGCGACAGCGAAAUCUCGCAUUCCACUUUCCGAAAAUUCAUGAGCGUUGGAGCGCCACCCAAAGACACAGUUCUGGUUCGAUGGCAGAACAAGCCCAACCUCGAGUUACUGCCGGUGACCAAGCUCAAGUUGGUUGAUCGGUCACUGCUCAUCGGCGACAUCGUCAAGCGCUCCGUACAGGAUGCACAGUCGGGAGUGGUUCUCAACACAUUCACUAAAUGCACUCUGCAGCCGAUGUGUGACGUUACUUACCAGGAUUCCAAGAUGCUCAAGGGACUACUUCCUCACGAAAACUUCGAUGCGAGCACUUCGCAAUAUUGUGUAUAUCCAAACGGCAGGCCUGCUCCCAUCAUAGACGUACCCGCAUCGGAACUAGUGGAGGCUGAGACGGUCACGGAGGACUGCUUGGUGAUCUACAAAGACUGGAUUGGGAAAGUGGAAGCAAUCACGAACAAUAUCCAAGUACGGCUGACCGACAAUUGUGUCGUCGAAAUUGAAGACGAAGCUGGCGAGCAUCCCGAUGGGCACUACGGAUCUUUCUGUGUUGGCGACAUUGCGAAGACGAAGAAAGGCCAGCUUCGCACUGGAAAGUGGGUCUAUGGUGCUUACAAUGCAAACACUCCUCCUGUAGGCACAGUCGUCGCUGUGCGGACCGUGGCUGCAGAAGUCGCCUGGGCGCAACGAAGAAUAGGCAGCACCCAAGAACAGGAACCACCGUUUAUGCUCGAAUCGGAAGAACUGGAGUCGGCAGGAUUUUCUGUUUACCAGCGCGACCGAAGGCCAGCCAACAGCCACACCGAGUCUCCAUCGACUAAAUCCAACUCCGAGAUCGAUGUUCGCCUAGGAUUGCGCGUGCGCUUCCGAGAUCUGACUGGCGCUCGCGUAAAAUACAACAGCAACGAACGUCCCAAUAUGAUCCCUCAUCUCGACAGACAAGCGAAUCUUGGCUAUGACUUGAAUGUGUUCGAUAUCACCAAAUUUGAGACAACCGUCUCAGUCCAAUGGCAGGAUCUAUCCAUUACUACUGAGCGAUCGAUCAAUCUUUUUCCCGAUUCGAGCUUGGACGACGAGCAUGCGGCCUGGCCGGGCGAGAUCGCGCACUCACUCAAGCUUGUGCCGGUGCCUGGAAUGUCAUUUGUGGAGCAGCCUGAGCAAGUCGGCGUGGUCCAGUCUGUCGACGCAGUGGACCGCAUGGCAAAGGUCCGAUGGCUGGAGAACUCACACAUUCACUAUGCGAAAGACCCAGAUGGAGGCAUGCCGCCAGCACUUGUGUCACAUGCCAUUUCCUCCGCACACGCAGAGGAGCAGCAGAUCAGUCUGUACGACAUUGAGGCACCUGCUGCCCUGAACUACCGCCGAGGAGACAUCAUUUUGAUUUCUUGUCCUCCCUACAACACACUUCACGGCCGACCGAGUGAUAGAACUUGGCUCGGCGAACUUAUCGAUACCCCGCUCGACGGCUCUCUAGUUGUGCGUCUUGGAGCUGCUUCACAGGUCCAGGAUGUCGUUCUUCGUCGGGAGCAAUGCGUAGUUGCUGUGAGAUCAGAUGGGAGCCAUGCGGUCGAUGCCUGGAACGAGGACGAGAUGGACGAUGAAUACGAUGUAUCUGAUGACGAAGAGAUCGACGACGAUUGGGGCAGCGACGCGGAAAGCGAGGAAGAGGAGAUGCUUAUCCGGUGGGAGGACGAGAAUGGUGAAGAAAUGGACGAGGACGAGGUUGAAAAUGACGAAUGGGAGUCGGCGGAUGAGGACACUGAAGAUCUGCCCAUGGAGGAUGCGCAGGAGUUUCACACACCGCCAACCUCACACUCUGCAUCGCCGAUAGAUACGGCUGCGCACAAGAUGAAGACGGACGCAGCACCUACAGAGCCUACCAUCGAAGCUCCUCCCUCAUAUGCGAUUCUCGAUGGGGAUGUUCCACUCGACCACCGCUUUCGCAACGAGCCUACCACCUCGAGUUCUGUACACACAAAACGCACACAAAAGGAGCACAAGAUCCUCCGUAACAACUCCGCCCUUCCCACAGGUGUCUACAUCCGCUCCUGGGAAUCACGUCUCGACCUCCUCCGCUGCUUGAUCAUCGGCCCCACGGACACCCCAUACGCCAACGCUCCUUUCGUGGUCGACUUCUACCUAUCCUCCGAAUUCCCCACCGAACCACCUCAGGUCUACUUCCACUCCUGGCCCACCAUCUCGGCCAUUGGAACUCUAGGCCGCGUCAACCCAAAUCUAUACGAAGACGGGAAAAUCUGCCUAUCACUUCUCGGAACCUGGGAAGGAAGCAAAGGAGAAGGCUGGAGUGCGACACGAAGCACAUUACUACAGGUCAUGGUCUCACUACUGGGACUGGUCCUUGUUCGCGAACCGUACUACAACGAAGCCGGCUAUGAAGCUCUUGUGGGAGAUGAGGCAAGCAAAAGACCAAGCGCACUGUACAGCGAAAGAGUGUUUUUGCGCGCAAAAGGCUUUUUGAUCACGGCUUUAUCGGGCACCGACACGACACCGGGACUGAAAGGUCUCGAAGAUAUCAUUCGAUGGACAUACCUUCAACCAAGCGGGCCAAAGCUGCUCCAAGCGACAAUCGCCAAUGUGAAAGAAGUGCUGGAGAGAAGUAAUGGUAAUGAUGAGGCAGAUGGAUUGACGGUCAUGUCGAAAGGCGCUUGCAUUCCCUUGAGAAGGGUACUAGAUAGACUUGUUGCCUUUGACGAUGAGGCAAAGUCCUCAUAA